AUGGCAUUGGGAGACUUAAUGGUGUCUAGGUUCUCGCAAUCUUCAGUUUCUUUGGUCUCCAAUCACCGUUACGACGAGGACUGUGUAUCUAGUCACGGUGACGGUGAUUCGUCAAUCCCUUCACGGAGGAAGGAUUCUGAGGCUACGAGCAGUAGCUAUGGAAAUGGCACAACGGAUACAGCCGCCACUGCCACUAGCAUGGCAUACUUGCCUCAGACUAUUGUGCUCUGUGAGCUUAGACACGACGCAUCCGAGGCUUCCGCGCCCUUGGGGACUUCCGAGAGCUUAGUAUUGGUCCCAAAAUGGCGGCUUAAAGAGCGAAUGAAAACAGGAUGUGUAGCUCUAGUUCUGUGUUUGAACAUUACUGUUGAUCCGCCGGAUGUUAUAAAGAUAUCUCCAUGUGCUAGAAUCGAGGCUUGGAUAGACCCAUUUUCCAUGGCCCCGCCAAAAGCUCUUGAGACUAUUGGAAAAAAUUUGAGCACUCAGUAUGAGAGAUGGCAACCAAGGGCCCGCUAUAAGGUUCAAUUAGAUCCGACGGUAGAUGAGGUCCGGAAGCUGUGCUUGACUUGUCGAAAAUAUGCAAAGACCGAGAGAGUUCUAUUCCAUUAUAAUGGCCAUGGUGUGCCAAAGCCUACAGCUAAUGGUGAAAUUUGGGUAUUCAACAAGAGUUAUACGCAGUACAUUCCCUUGCCAAUCAGCGAGCUUGAUUCCUGGUUGAAGACUCCGUCCAUCUACGUUUUUGAUUGCUCUGCUGCUAGGAUGAUUCUUAAUGCCUUUGCUGAGCUUCAUGAUUGGGGAUCUUCUGGUUCUUCGGGAUCCUCAAGGGACUGCAUUCUACUUGCUGCUUGUGAUGUACACGAGACACUUCCUCAGAGCGUCGAAUUUCCAGCUGAUGUUUUUACUUCUUGCCUCACCACACCCAUUAAAAUGGCGUUGAAAUGGUUCUGCAGGCGUUCACUUCUGAAAGAAAUCAUCGAUGAAUCACUUAUUGACAGGAUUCCAGGCCGUCAAAAUGACCGUAAGACAUUGUUAGGGGAGUUGAACUGGAUUUUCACAGCAGUGACGGAUACAAUUGCAUGGAAUGUGCUUCCUCAUGAACUUUUCCAGAGAUUAUUCAGACAGGAUUUGUUGGUCGCUAGCCUUUUCAGAAAUUUCUUACUUGCUGAGAGAAUAAUGCGGUCCGCAAAUUGUAAUCCAAUAUCUCACCCUAUGCUGCCUCCUACGCAUCAACAUCAUAUGUGGGAUGCAUGGGACAUGGCUGCUGAAAUCUGUCUUUCUCACCUUCCCCAACUUGUUCUGGACCCAAACGCAGAGUUCCAGCCAAGUCCAUUUUUUACUGAGCAAUUGACAGCUUUUGAGGUGUGGCUUGAUCAUGGAUCUGAGCAUAAGAAACCACCAGAACAGUUGCCUAUCGUUCUUCAGGUGUUACUUAGCCAGUGCCAUCGAUUUCGUGCUCUUGUACUUCUUGGGAGAUUUCUUGAUAUGGGUUCAUGGGCUGUGGAUCUGGCUUUGUCUGUUGGAAUAUUCCCGUAUGUGCUGAAGCUUCUGCAAACAACAACGAAUGAGCUAAGACAGAUCCUUGUUUUCAUAUGGACAAAAAUUCUUGCACUUGAUAAGUCAUGUCAAAUUGAUCUUGUGAAGGAUGGGGGGCAUACAUAUUUCAUAAGAUUUCUAGAUAGCUCGGGUGCAUUUCCAGAACAACGGGCUAUGGCUGCUUUUGUUCUGGCUGUCAUUGUGGACGGACACCGACGAGGCCAGGAGGCAUGUCUUGAAGCUAAUUUAAUUGGUGUUUGUCUGGGGCACCUUGAAGCAUCCAGACCAAGUGAGCCACAGCCAGAACCACUGUUUCUACAAUGGCUUUGUCUUUGUCUUGGAAAGUUGUGGGAAGAUUUUAUGGAGGCCCAAAUAAUGGGUAGGGAAGCCAAUGCUUUUGAAAAGUUGGCACCUCUGCUUUCCGAGCCCCAACCUGAGGUAAGGGCUGCUGCUGUUUUUGCCCUGGGAACCUUACUUGAUAUUGGGUUUGACUCUAGUAAAAGUGUUGUGGAGGAUGAAUUUGAUGAUGAUGAAAAGAUUAGAGCUGAAGAUGCUAUCAUUAAAAGUCUCUUAGAUGUAGUUUCAGAUGGGAGUCCACUUGUCCGAGCAGAGGUUGCUGUAGCUCUUGCACGUUUUGCGUUUGGCCACAAACAGCACCUAAAGUUAGCCGCAGCUUCAUAUUGGAAGCCUCAGUCAAGUUCUUUGCUUACGUCACUCCCUUCAAUAGCUAAAUUCCACGAUGCUGGGAGUGCAACAAUUGUUUCUUUACACAUGAGUCCUCUGACUAGAGCUAGCACUGAUAGCCAACCAGUGGCUCGUGAGUCGAGGAUCUCAAGCAGCCCUCUUGGCUCUUCUAGUCUAAUGCAUGGAUCUCCAUUAUCUGAUGAUUCUUCCUUACAUUCUGAUUCUGGAAUCAUGCAUGACAGCAUCAGCAAUGGAGCUGUCCAUCAGCAAAGAAUUUUGGAUAAUGCUGUUUAUUCGCAGUGUGUCCGAGCUAUGUUUGCAUUAGCUAAAGAUCCAUCUCCACGUAUUGCAAGUCUUGGGCGGCGUGUGCUUUCUAUUAUUGGAAUCGAACAAGUUGUUGCGAAACCCUCGAAGCCCACUGGCCGACCAGGUGAAGCUGCAACGACAUCUCACACUCCUCUUGCUGGCCUAGCUCGCUCAUCAUCAUGGUUUGAUAUGCAUGCAGGUAAUCUGCCCUUGAGUUUUAGGACUCCUCCGGUCAGUCCUCCUAGAACAAACUAUCUAAGUGGACUGAGGAGAGUUUGUUCGUUAGAGUUCAGGCCUCAUCUGUUGGGUUCACCAGACUCAGGAUUGGCUGAUCCGCUUUUAGGUGCCAGUGGAUCUGAAAGGAGUUUGCUUCCACUAUCAUCUAUCUACAACUGGAGUUGUGGCCACUUUUCUAAACCACUUCUUGGUGGAACGGAUGCUAGUCAAGAGAUAGUUGCCAAAAGAGAAGAGAACGAAAAAUUCGCAAUUGAGCAUAUUGCAAAAUGCCAGCACUCUUCUAUUAGCAAGCUCAACAAUAAUCCUAUUGCCAACUGGGAUACGAGGUUUGAAACGGGAACAAAAACAGCCCUCCUUCACCCAUUCUCUCCUAUUGUAGUUGCUGCAGACGAGAAUGAACGGAUCAGAGUAUGGAACUAUGAGGAAGCAACUCUUCUCAACGGUUUUGACAAUCAUGAUUUUCCUGACAAAGGAAUUUCAAAGCUCUGCCUCAUCAAUGAACUUGACGACUCUCUGCUACUUGUUGCGUCAUGUGAUGGAUCGGUCCGGAUAUGGAAAAACUAUGCAACAAAGGGUAAACAAAAGCUUGUUACUGGGUUUUCUUCAAUCCAGGGUCAGAAGCCUGGUGCACGUGACUUGAACGCUGUCGUGGACUGGCAACAACAGUCUGGUUACCUGUAUGCUUCUGGGGAGGUGUCAACAGUCACACUUUGGGACAUGGAGAAAGAACAGCUUGCCAGAUCCAUUGCAUCUGAGUCAGAGUGCGGAGUUACAGCACUUUCGGCUUCUCAAGUGCACGGAGGUCAACUUGCUGCUGGUUUUGCUGAUGGUUCUUUGAGACUUUAUGAUGUUCGGUCACCUGAACCGCUUGUCUGCGCGACUCGGCCUCAUCAGAAAGUUGAAAGAGUUGUUGGACUCAGUUUUCAGCCUGGACUUGAUCCCGCAAAGGUGGUGAGUGCAUCACAGGCCGGUGACAUACAGUUCCUUGACCUUAGAACAACAAGGGACACAUACCUGACGAUUGAUGCACACAGGGGUUCACUCACAGCCUUAGCUGUUCACAGACACGCUCCUAUCAUCGCGAGCGGAUCUGCAAAACAACUCAUUAAAGUAUUUAGCCUUCAGGGAGAACAACUAGGGAUAAUCCGCUACUACCCGUCCUUCAUGGCACAGAAGAUUGGUUCAGUGAGUUGCCUCACGUUUCAUCCGUACCAGGUUCUGCUUGCAGCUGGAGCUGCUGACUCAUUUGUCUCUGUAUACACCCACGACAACUCGCAAGCAAGAUGA